AUGGAUUUCCUGGCCAUCGAGGCCGGCGCGACGUCGGUGUGCGGCAUCCUCAAGAGCAACCACUCCAUCGCGUGCUGGGGGAAGGGCGACCGCUUCGGCACCGACGGCAGUCUGAUCUACAACAGCACCAUGCCCGACGCCUGCGCGUGCAAGAAGAGCUGCCAGCACGACAUCAUCUCCGGCUACGGCGCGCUCUGCGGCACCGGCAGCGCAGAGGGCGAUGAGGAGCUCGACGUCUGCCAGGCAUGCGCGAUGCCGCUGAACGCUUCCGGGAUCUUCAUUGCCAACGGCAGGGCGAGUAUAGGACUAGCUGUCGCAUUAAGCCACAGCCCGAGCAGCCCUUGUCACAUUGUUCAGCAGCAGCAAGCCUAUGGGCAUGUCCUUGCUCUGCCACUACGCCUGCCCAGGAUCUCCUCCAGCGGCAGAUAUCGGGUGGGAGAGGAGGGAAGAGAGGACGGCGGCUCGAUGGAGACAGACGGGCGGCGCGACGGAGGCGCGGUUGCGGCGCUAGGGCAGGCAGCACGAGGCAGGCGGGCCGGGGAGGUAGGUGUGGGCGUGCUGCGGGAUUGCGGUGUUCGGGAAGGAGAGGCGGCGGGUGCGGUGCUGGGAAGAGGGUUGCGCGGCUCUGUGGAGUUCUGUGGUUAG